AGGAAAUCCCCUUUGUAUUGCCUUGUGCCAUGAGGGCAAAUGGGCCGCUGCGCCCAGGAGGGGGCUAAUAGAGGAGUUAUCGCCAGGGAGGGGGAGGAUAUGGGGUGACCCUGCCAGGGUAUACCCCAAUUGACUGUGAUUGUGAGCUCCUUGGGGCAUAGCCCCUCUUUUUGCUCUAUGUCUGUACAGCACCCGACACGAGGGGGUCCUGGUCUGUGAGCGGGGCUCCUGGGCACCACCGCAAUACAAAUACAUAAUAAUAAUAACAGGGAAGAGCCAGCACAAUUGCUGAAUGUCUGUUUUGUUGGUCUUUUUGUUUACCCCGGACUUUGUGGUUUGGGUGGAGGGAUAAAUCACUGAGAAGCACAUGAAGCGGCACCUCCAGUUAGAGUGAUGGAAGGGCCAGGAGCCAGGGGGCCACCAAAUUGUGAGACAGUGAGCUGGCCCGAGUGGGGAAACUGAAGCAGCCACUCCAAUGGUGGAUGAGGUAAAACCCUGUCACAGGUAGGAAAUUCAAAGGGAAUGCUUUUUUCACACAAUGGGUGGUUAAACUGUGGAACUCCCUGCCACAUGGUGUCAGUGAGGUCACAAAUUUAGCAAGAUUUGAAAAAGGAUUGGACAUUUCUAUCAGGGAUGGGCAACUUUAGGGUAGUAGAGAGCCACAAAAUCCACUAAACCCUCUGGCAGGCUGUUGCGGUGAAGGAAGAAGCUGUCCUGGGGUGCUGCGAGAACAUGUGCCAGGACAGCGCGUCCUGCCCUGACACCUCUGUUCCAUGCUGUGGCACACACCCGUGCCUGCCCACGUUCAGGUCCAUAAUCUCCCAGAAGGGAGAUGAGCCCACGCCUCCAGACAGCAGCCCUGCCCUGGUACCUGCUCCCCUGUUUGUUAAUCCACAGGCGCUGUCCACCAGGGUCAUCCUGGAGUGGGCCUGCUGCAACCAGGAGCUGCCACCUCCUGCCUAUGCUCCAGCAGGUGCCAGGGUGCAACAUCCUCUCCUCCUCCAGGCAGUGGGAAGAGCCGCCUAUCACCCCAUUUCACUAUCCUUUGCUCCGCACUGGAAGAGCCACUCACACCCUCCCUCACUCUGGCAUUGUCUCCUCUGGCUGGCCAGCCAAAUCACAUGUUCUGGCAGGCUGGAUGUGGCCCUGUGUUUCCCAUCCCUGAUUUAUAGGGAUAACAAGAAUAUCCAGCGUUACCAUCAUUAUUGCUGAGCUACAUUGUGGGCAGAGUAGUAAAUCUCCUGCUUCAGGGCAUGCGCCAGGGUGAGACCUAAUGUGGGGGCAGUCUGGCAGAUUAUCCCCCAUCUGCUACGGUGGGGCUCAGACACCUUCCUCUGCAGCACAUGGUGCUGGCCACUGUCAACAGGAUGCUGGUGCUGGCUCUGAUCCUGUCUGGCACUUCCUGUGUUCAAUGAAGCCUAGUGGAUAGUGCACUGGACUGGGAGCCAGGAGACCUGCAUUCUAUUCCCAGCUCUGCCCCCACCUGCUGGGUCCAUUGUCUGUUGAGAUUGGGAGCUCUUGGAGAUGUCCUCAGGGACUGCCCCUCCCUCUGGCUGCACAGCACUAGCACAGUGGGGCUUAGUUCUGGGACCUCUAGGCCCUAGUGUACUAGACAUCACUAAAGAAACUGAAUAACUGAGGAGUGGUUCCGAGCUAGUGCCUGGGACCCUGGUGGGGAAGGCCUGGUCCACAGAGGUAUUUUGGAUAGGGUGUGAUUUUUCUAGGGAUAGAGCAAAAGCAGUACAAGCAUGCUAGUGUGGACAGUUAUACCAGGAGCCUUACACUGGUACAGCUUGUUCCUUUUCCCCUACCUGAAUACACUGCGCUGCUGUAAGGCUUCUGACAAUGUCUGAUUCCACCUCCCCCGGCUCUGCCAUUCUCAGCCCCUAUUUUUCAUUGCCCGGGUAGCUCCCCUGGCUUUCCCUUGGGCCUGUUUCUAUGCAGAGUCCCCUCCUGGCCCCAUGGCUCCAGGCCCAGCAUUCAGACUAAGGAUCCCCCAUGCUGCCAGCCAGGGUUCUCCUCCCAGCGCAGUGAGUCAGUUUCCUGCAGUGACUCAGCCUGGGACCCUGACGCAGCCUCACAACAGCUCCUGCGUUUCCAUGGAGACCAUUGAUGUUUAGGACGUUGUUGUUUUUUUGGUUACGAUCUGCACCCCCCUCGUCCCCCUCCCUGUGGCGGUGGGAAGCAGCUGGCGACUGGCUCUGAGCAGGCCUGGGCAGGGCCCCAGCUGUCUGGCCGUGUUCACCUUACCGACUCGUGUGUGCGCACAGACGACUGUUGUUGUUGCAAGCCCCCCCGCGGCCCUGGUGGGGAGGAGCCUUGCACACAACACCCCCCCCCAACUUUCUGCUUGCUCCUGGGCGCCGGCUGGGAUCGGUUUGCACAUGGCCUUGGCACCUCACAGCUGCAGCCUGGCAGGCGAGAGCGAGAGCAGGCGCUUCCUGCUGCAGAGGGCUUGCAGCAUCUCCACUCGCUUAACCAGCUCCAGGGCAGGGAUGAUGGCUCGCAGCCGGGCGUGACCGUGGAGUCUCGAUCUGCCAUUGCAGCUUGUCUCCGGCAGUAAUCAGGCUUUUCCCAGCUCUGCCUCCCUGUGAUCUUCCAACCCCAGCUCUGCUACCAGGGGAAUCCUACAAGCAGUGUUGGGAUGCUCAGGCUGCAGAGCUGGACACACUGAUGAGUCACCAGGAGUGACUGGUCUGGUACCCUAAGGCAGGAAACAAGAGGAGAAGCUACAAAACCACCACUCACUGCAGCCAGCUGGGGCAUUUGGGAGAGCAGCAUGGGCCGUGCAGUGGGAGAGUGCUGAAGGGCAAGACCUUGUCGCACCCAUGGGCACUGGGGUAGAACCCCAAGAAGCUUGCAUCUCUUCUCUGCACCCCCAGCAUCAAGCCCCCAGGCUGGUUGGGAAGGGACCAGCCUCUCCUCGUGCUGGGCCAGGAGCUGAGCCGCCCUCCAAAAUGUGUCUGUCCUCCUGCCACAGAGAUGAAGCAGGGAUGACCUCUGCCGAUGGAGGCUGGGCGCGUCGCCCCUGGAAGCCGGACCCUGGGCCGCCCGUGCAUGCUCUGCCCCUCCUGCUCACCGUGUUUGUCUGGCUGGCCACUGGCACCACCAUGUCCAGCCUCAACAAGUGGAUCUUCACCAUCCACAACUUCCGGUAUCCCGUGCUGCUGUCAUCCUUGCACAUGCUCACGGCCGUGCUGGUGGGCUACCCGCUGGCCAGGCUGCGGGCACAUGGGGACGGGGGCACGGCCCUGGGCGCCAGAACUAAGGCCAGAGUCUAUCUUCUGAGCUUGACCUUCUGCACCAGCGUAGCCUUCGGAAACCUGGGCCUCAACUACGUGCAGCUGGACUUUGCCCAGAUGGUGUACACCACCACGCCCCUCUUCACCCUGAUCCUGUCCAAGGUGCUGCUGGGUCAGCGCCACCACCUGCUGCAGUACGCUGCCAUGGGGCCCAUCUGCUUGGGCGCCUCCUUCAGCAUCAUCGGGGAGGUGCACUUCGACCAGGCCGGCUGCUGCUUCCUCUUCGCUGCUACCUUCCUCCGCGGAUUAAAGUCCUUACAGCAAAGUACCCUGCUGCAGGACAAGAGGCUGGACUCGGUCACCUUGCUCUGCCUGACGUCCCUGCCCAGCUUCUGCAUUCUCUUCACAGCGGCUGUGGUGCUGGAGGUGGGGGCAGCCUGGGAGGGCAUGCUGCACUAUGGCAGCGCUCUCUGGGCCUGUGUCCUGCUCAGCUGCCUGGGCUCCGUCCUCUACAACCUGGCCAGCUUCUGCGUCAUCUCGCUGACCUCUGCCCUCACCAUCCACAUCCUGGGCAACUUCAAUGUGGUGGGAAACCUGGUGCUGUCGCACCUCCUCUUCGGCAGCCACUUGAGCGGGCUCAGCUACGCGGGCAUCGGCCUCACCCUCUCGGGGAUGUUCCUGUACCACAACUGCGACCUCAUUGCCAGCUACUGGGACUCCAGGCUGGCUCUGGGCCAGGGCCAGGCGAAGCCAGAAUGAGUCCUGUGCUGGGGCAAAGUGCAACCCUUGGACUGUACAGACUGCAGUGCUCUGUGUGAGCGUGUGUGCAUGUGUGCAAACGUGAUCCCAGUUAUACGCACACACAUGUGAACACACUCUCUCCACAACCUUUAACACAGCCCAGCUGGACUCUGGUCACCCAGCAUCGCCGCAGCAGUCACGUCUGGCACCAUUGUGGUGAAGAGGCCUGUUGUGGUGUUGCACUUGGGGCGCCGAUGCCAACGGCUGAGCCCUGGCCGGGGCCAGGAGCACAAAACUCAAGCAAUGGCUCCCCUUGCCCUCAAUAAAGCUCUAUUUUU